UAAUUCAGUGGAUAUUUUAAUGAUAUCAUUGAGUUAUUGAAUCUGGUCUAAUAAGUGCCACAUUGCGUAUUUUUUGACUUUUGUGUUUGAUAAUUUUAUGGAAUGAAUUCUUUACACGUAAGCAGAUAUCUUCAGUUAAAUUAAUAUAUCAAUAUGACAUCACCUGUUUAUCCUUCGUUGGACACUAGUUCAUUGCUAAAACAAACUGAUGUGCCUGAUUUCGUUAAGAAACUGAAUCACGCUGCAAUGGACAAACCAAUUCCAUCAGAUUCAUCUGGCAUUACCAAUGCUUUAGACAACAUGUUACACAAAAUCACUGACUUAACUAAUGAAUAUGAUCCAAAAGAAUACAAGGAUUGCCGUUACGGCAACAAAGGCCACACUGCUUGGGUUAAAGCAUUGGAAGAGAGAUGGAAUUAUAUCGCAAGUAACUUAGAAGCAGAUUCUAUGGAUAUAUCGCAAGAAAAUGCGGAUCUCAUUCGCAAGUAUUUUCUACGUUCUUUUGGGAACCCUGUAAGGAUUGACUAUGGUACAGGACAUGAAAUGCAAUUUAUAUUAUUUCUUAAAGUACUUUACGAUUGUGGUAUCAUAAAGGAUGCUGACCUCUCCGGGGUUGCGUUAAAUGUGAUGUCCAGUUAUUUCAAGUUAAUACAGCACUUGAUUGACAGAUACAAUCUCGAACCAGCUGGUAGCAAAGGUGUUUGGGGACUAGACCACUUUCAGUUUAUGCCAUUCCUGCUUGGUUCUGCACAGUUGGUGUCCAGCACAUCGAUACACCCAUCCGAGGUAAUAGAGGGCGACUACAUGAUGGAUCAUACGGAUGAAUAUAUCUUUUUGCAGACGUUGUCUUACAUUAAGCAGAAGAUCAAGCGUGUUUCCUUAGAUAUUGCAGCUCCAAUGUUGUAUGAAAUUUGUAUGACCUGCAGUUGGCACAAGAUCAAUCAGGGUUUGAUGGAGAUGUACAUCAACGACAUUGCACAUUUGAUACGUAUAGGCAACAAUUGUUAAAUUAUAUAUUAUUGAAUAUCU